CUCUGGUUGUGGAAAAGCACCCAAGAGAAAGAGAAAGACCACACACUCUCAGUCCUAUUAAUAACGCCUCAAUAAAAAUACAAUGGUCGACGUGGACCGGAGGAUGACCGGUCUAAACCCGGCUCACAUAGCCGGUCUACGGCGGUUAUCGGCCAGAGCGGCGGCUGCUGCUUCUCUUCCCGUCCGUAACGGUGUCGUUUCAUUCUCUUCACUUGCAGAUAAGGUCCUAACCCACCUUCGCAACUCAGGCAUACACGUGCAACCGGGUCUCUCCGACGCUGAGUUCGCACGUGCUGAAGCUGAGUUCGGUUUCGUUUUCCCGCCGGACCUACGAGCAGUUCUCGCCGCCGGUUUGCCUGUCGGUCCCGGAUUUCCUGACUGGCGCGCUGGCGGCGCGCGCCUCCACCUCCGCGCCUCGCUGGACCUUCCGAUCGCCGCGAUUUCGUUCCAGAUCGCGAGGAACGCUGUUUGGUCGAAGUCCUGGGGUCCGAGACCUUGUGAACCUGAGAAGGCGCUGCGAGUGGCGAGGAACGCGCUGAAGAGAGCGCCUCUAUUGAUUCCUAUCUUCAACCAUUGCUACAUUCCCUCCAAUCCUUCUCUCGCCGGAAACCCUAUCUUCUUUGUCGAUGAGAGUAGGAUCUUCUGCUGCGGUUUGGAUCUCUCCGACUUCUUCGAACGAGAAUCGCUCUUCCGGAGCUCUGAAUCUGACCCUAUGGUUCUCAAGAAGCAGCGAUCCGUUAGCGAGAAAACCGCGGGUUCCUCCGCCGCUUUCUCCCGGAGGAGCCUCGACGCCGGCGGGAGGACCCCGAGGUGGGUGGAGUUCUGGACUGACGCAGCCAGCGAUCGUCGGAGGAGGAACUCUUCGUCGUCGGCGUCGUCUUCGCCAGAGAGGUUUUUCGACAUGCCACGGUCUAAAGUCCCGGGCUGGGUGGAAGAAUACAUAGGGCAAAUCGGGUCGGUUUUGAAAGCGGGUGGGUGGAGCGAAUCGGAUAUAUCCGAAAUGGUUCAGGUUUCGGCUUCUGGAUUCUUCGAAGGAGAGAUGGUUUUGUUGGAUAAUCAAGCGCUGUUAGAUGCUUUACUAUUGAAAGCGGACAGGUUUUCGGAUUCGCUCCGAAAAGCUGGGUGGAGCUCCGAAGAGGUUUCCGAAGCUUUAGGAUUCGACUUUCGACCCGAGAAGGAACGGAAACCGGCUAAGAAGCUUUCCCCUGAGCUCGUGGAAAGAAUCGAGAAACUGGCUCAGUCGGUUUCCCGGUCAUGAUUUGAUACUUGGGAACUGCAUGAGCAUGAACACUUAUUUUUCUCUUUCUUUUUUAUUUUUAUUUUUUAAGGUCUCAGGGUUUGCUUUUCCCUCUUUUGGGUUAAAAACGAUGAGGAAUUGGGGAAACGCGUUGUACUAUGAAACGAAGUGCACAAAAUAGAUCAAAAUUACAUGUUUAUGAUAAUCAUCCUUUCCUUAAUACAUAUGUAUAAAAUGACGAGUUCAUAAUAAGCGAUCAACGGUUAA